AUGGGUGACUACGAGCAACGAUACCAGCAGGGUCUCUACCUGUCUCCAAACCAACAAGAUCUUCUCCUUGCUGCUCUGUCUUCCAACAACCCAAACGCGAAACGACAGAAUGGCACUCCUCCAAUCAAAACCGACCAAAGUCCCGAUCAGUCUUUGAACAGCCUCAGUGCCCCGCCAUCGGGGGGCUUCGAUAACGGUCACAAUUUUGGAUAUGGAGAGAACGAUAGCCCUUACUUGGAUUUCCCACCCGAUUUGGACUUCGAAUUUCCCGGCUCUGCAGACCUGAUUGGGGAUCUACCAGGUUCGACAUACGAUAUCGGAGAAAAGCGGAAGUCUCUGGACGGAAAGUCAGACAUCGAAAGCGAGGAGACUGGGAAGAAACGCAGGGAAAGCGAGGCUAAAAAGCCCGGCAGAAAGCCACUCACUUCAGAGCCGACUACAAAGCGUAAGGCCCAAAAUCGGGCUGCCCAGCGGGCAUUCCGUGAGCGCAAGGAGAAACAUUUGAAGGAUUUGGAAGACACAGUCGAGUCACUGCAGCAGAGAUCGGACACAGCCGACCAGGAGAAUGGCCUGCUGCGUGCUCAAGUUGAGCGAUUGCAGGUUGAGCUUCGCGAAUAUCGGAAGCGUCUUUCAUGGUUGGCUUCGGGGUCUGGCAAUGGAAUGUCGGCCUUGAGCUCGAGCUCCAUCCCAAAUGCUCACUCCAAGGGAGCUUAUGGGCUUCAGAACAACGAUUUCCUGUUCGAUUUCCCCAAGUUUGGUGACCUGCCUGGUGGCCACCUCUUCAGCGGCCAGGCCAAGAAUGACCAAUCAAAGCCCAACGAUAGCCCCCGACCCCCUGGCGUCUUGGCUCGUCACAACUCGAACGGCCCUUCAUCGCGAUCCAACUCCGCUGGAGCAGGCUAUGCUAGGUCAGACAACUCGAAGUCCUAUAGCACUCCCAACAGCGCCACCUCUGCCAAGGCACCGGAUUCUGGGUACAGGUCUUCCACGCACACACAUGAUAAUUCGACUUCGCAGGAUUCACCAUCCUCUUCCUCCGACUCUCACCAAAGCCAGUUGCUAUCGUCCAAUGGGACUUCUCCGGAGCCAAGCCUUAGCUCACCGGCUGGAAAAUACCGCGAGCUAGGACCUGGUGACGCCUGCGGCGGCCACAUCACUACUGAUGGUGAAAAGUCUUUCUGCGAGCAACUCGGCAUGGCCUGCGGCAACAUUCGAAACCCCAUCCCCGCGGUUCGGGACGGAAAAUCACAGAGUGUUUCAAGCAACCAGCCUACGCCAACCGAUAAUGUUGCUGCUGGUGAUGAUUCCCAGGAUCUUGGAAUCGAUUGGCUGGCUCACCAGAAUGGAGGUCAAUUUGAUCCAGUGCUCUUUGGUGACUGGCGAGAGCCUCAAGAUGCCGUUCUGUCUCAGGACUUUGGCUCUUUCUUCAAUGAUGCAUUCCCAUUGCCGGACCUUGGCAGUCCAUCUCACAACCUGAGCGAGGCCGCCACCGAUGCCCAGCCCAAGAAGAACCUCAUUGCUCAGAUUGACCACAAGGCGGAGGAGGACGAGGUUGUCCCCGGUGAGGAUCAGUCGCAGAUGCUGUCGUGCACAAAGAUCUGGGAUCGCCUUCAAUCGAUGGAAAGAUUCCGCAACGGCGAGAUUGACGUCGACAAUCUUUGCUCCGAACUCCGCACCAAGGCACGCUGCUCCGAGGGAGGUGUUGUCGUCAACCAGAACGACGUUGACGACAUCAUGGGCCGGGCCAAAUAG